AUGGAUGUUGAGAUCGAGCGCACCUUCAGCAAGGUCGCCUUCUGCGCCGUGGGACCGGGGGACACCGGUGUAUCCCUGCUGCUGAGGAACCUCAGCGAUCCUGAUUUUGGGAAUUAUUCCUGCUACGUGGCCGGUGACGCUACCGAUGCCCCACAGCUCCUCUGCAGCCUGGUCCUGCAGCCCACCGGGGCAGCAGAGGUCCUCAAAAAUGCCGAGCCAGACAUGAUCAUGGUGGUGUGCGUCCUCACCGCCGCCUUCACCGUGGUGGCCAUCGGGGUCCUGGCACGCGGGAAGGUCAGCGAGAUCAUUAAUGGUGCCAUCAUGCAUUAUCGGGAUGACCUGGACCUGCAGAACCUCAUCGACUUCGGGCAGAAGGAGUUCAGCUGCUGCGGCGGCGUCUCCUACAAGGACUGGUCCCAGAACAUGUACUUCAACUGCACCGCUGCCAACCCCAGCCGGGAGCGGUGCUCCGUCCCCUUCUCCUGCUGCCUGCAGGACACCCGGGAGGCCGUCAUCAACACCAUGUGCGGGCAGGGCAUGCAGGCCAUGAGCUACCUGGAGGCCAGCGCCUUCAUCUACACCAACGGCUGCAUCGACAAGCUGGUCAACUGGAUCCACAGCAACCUCUUCCUGCUGGGGGGCAUCGCCCUGGGGCUGGCCGUCCCCCAGCUGGUGGGCAUCCUGCUGGCUCAGAUCCUCAUCAACCAGAUCAGAGACCAGAUCAAGCUCCAGCUCUACAACCAGCAGCACCGGGCCGACCCAUGGUACUGA